CUACAGUUGUACUCAUUCAAAGAUAUUCGUACCAGGAUGGUCGGAGUAUUUUCUUACUCCAUAAGAUUGGUGAUAUUUCAGUGUGCUAUGGGAAUGAAAAUUGUAAACAUUAACAGUGCUGAGACAAAUCAGAUUUCUGAUAUACAAUUACAGGAUACAUGGAAAACCCAGUCGACCCAAAACGGCAUCGAAAACAUGGAAACGCUUCAGAUAUUGUUUUCUGAACACAGUUACAAAGGGAACGUUUCGUCAACUCCAAAAGAAAACGGAUUGGGCAGGGCAACUGAAGACGUAAUAACAUCGUCUCUCUCAACUCCUAGUUCGACGACAGCAUACAGUUGCAUCACCAAUAAAGACUGUGUUAUCUACAACCACGCUUGGUGUUUCAGUAACCGAUGUCUGUGUAAAACAGGAUAUGUUUGGUCCAGCAAGCGUGACAACUGUUUAGAGACAGAUACUAGAAACUAUAAUGUUAUCAUGACUGGAGUGGCCAUUUCUGCAGUGGUGUUAAUCCUCUUAUUCUCUGGAUGUUACAUGAAAAGGUCAGUCUCUUCGUACUACUCUUCUCCAGUGAAUCAAGACAGCUCGUCCACAGAUAGCCCCCUACCGACAGUUUCAGGAACUACUUCAGACAGUUUCCGUGAUUUAGCAGCUUUAGAUAAACCUCCAACAUAUGACGAGUUUCUAAGCUACAGGCUUCGGUCUCAACCACAUAUACCAGAAGAUCUGCCACCUCCGUCAUAUGAAGAAUCUUUCGUUAGUGUUAGCUCCACAGCAUCAUCGUCACCGCUAGUUGACGGUUCACAUGAUGGCCUCUGUCAGUCACUAUAGUGACAUGGUGUUGACGUCAUGAUACAGAGAACAGGAUGCGAGAAUUCUACGUUCUCGCCGUGAACUGUUCCUUAGCUCAUGUGGUUUGAAGACCGACAUUCUUUGUGUCAGUGAUCACUUACCAAAAACUACGUCAUUGCAGGUUUUCUCAUCAUCAUAAUCUAACUUAUCUGGUCAACAUCGACACGCCAAUGGCAACAGACUUUCCAUCAUGUGAUGGACCUGUGCCAAGUUUUAUAAACGUUUUUACAAAUCCCAUGAAACACAGUCAAUAAUGUAAUAUACAAAUCCCAUGAAACACAGUCAAUAAUGUAAUAUACAAAUACCUUAAAACACAAUCAAAAAUGUAAUAUACAAAUCCCAUGAAACACAGUCAAUAAUGUAAUAUACAAAUACCUU